AUGAUGCUGGCCAAGCCAUUCCCGCGGACUUGCAAGGGUCUAGCUUUCCUCCGCACUGCUCCACCACCUCAAGAUCCAUCGCCAGCCUCGCCGCCCGUUGCUGCGAAUUAUGUCCGAGCCACGCUUGCGCCGGUGAUGACAGCUAUUCAAAAACACGCAUUCAAUGGCUUGACACGGUGUCUUGCUGCGUGCCGCCCGCCGAAUCUUCCCCACGCCCGGUCGUUGUUGCGCACCCCCGCAAACCCACUAUUCUCGACGACAAGCAGACAUGAGAAAAAGAUAGACUUCACUCAGAAGCAGGACGAGGCGGCCCUGAAGGAAGAGGCCACAAAUGAGACGCAGCAAAAGCCAGAUCGCAAGGGCGCGCGGAAAAAUGCUGGCAAGACGUCUUUGCGCAGCAUCGCAGUCGAGGCGCAGAGAUCCCGGGCGUUUGUCAAGUCAAGAGGAAGAACCCGCUUCAUAGAUCCAGACGCCGAAACCAAGACGGUAACCGCAUACUGCGCUGCCGAGACCUACGAUAUUGCCACCGCCGCUCGACUUGUCAAAGCCCAGGGUUACGAGCUCGAUCCCUUCCAGACUGGCCUAUACCCACAAGUUAUACACGUCCAGACUUCCGAUCGGCCGUCAGAGGUCAAGGACUUCCAACAGGGCGACAUCUUCAUCUUUCCGUCUGGCACCGUGGUGACAUGGAAUGUCCGAGAGAGAGAAGCGUUGAAGCUGGUUAACCAAGUGCUACCAGCGGCUGCUGAAGGCUCACAUCUGGACUUGCUCGAAACAGAAGACUUGGACUAUCUCGAAGAUCCAAGUAAAGAGACCAGUGAAGUAGUCGGCGACACCAUCGUCCUUGGCACAAAAGCAGAGCCAGUAUCCGAUAGCCCGCCAUCGUCUCCUCUGGACGAGCCUCUCAACACGACCGACCAACGGCACGAAGUAGACACUGUUCUAGCAAAGAUUGCUUUCUCAUCUGGUCUUGCCCGUAGCACCAAGCUGGCCGUCCUGGAAACCCUCUUAUCCGCUUACCAGCAUUCGACGCGCGAGAUCCCCAAUAUGCUAGCCUCCUCCAAAACCUUCUCCCCUCGGCGCAGCGCUCCAUUCACGCGAUCCUUCAUAUUGCGCAAAACGGGCGAACUACUCUCUCUUCGCGCUCAGCUGAAUCUCUACUCGGAGCUCACCGACAGCAUGCCCGACAUCUUCUGGGACUCGCGGCACGAGUUAGGGCUCGGCGAGUACUACGAUCAAGUUGGGCGGGCUUUGGAUGUCGGAGUACGUAUCAAAGUGCUCAACGAGAAGAUUGGAUUUGCACAAGAGAUUGCUAGUGUGCUGAGAGAGCAGUUGAGUGAAAAACAUGGAUUGAGGCUUGAGUGGGCUAUCAUCGCACUUAUCGCUGUCGAGGUUGUGCUCGAAUUCUACCGGCAUUGGGACGAGCGCAGGGAUAGGGAUGAUCCGGAGAGUACCGAAGCUUUGCUGAGGCGGUACCUGGAGAGAUUGGCGGAAAAGAAGGAUGAACCGCGGACUGCAUGA